AGAUCACCCUCUGCCUGUUAACCGUGGACCCAGGAACGAAAAAGCUAACUGGUUCGGUGCUUCCACAUUUGUUACCUCAGGCGUUCCUUCAAACCGAACAACGACUUUUUGCCCCAACAUUGGCACCUGUGGGCACGAGAUUUGAGGGCUGCUUAACUAAGCGAAUUGACAAACGCACUGUCCAUUUAGUUUCACCGGAGGACGAAAGGCUCCAUUUACUGGUUCAUCGUGCUCAUAUUCCUAGCAAACUGACGGACAAAAGUUUGAAGAAAAUUUUUGCCCCGGGCCAAAAGGUUUCCUGUAGAGUUAUUGACUAUGAUCUACUGGAGAACGUGCUCAUCGCUACGAUGAAACGGAAAUUGCUGAAGCUGCCUUUCUUGGCCCUCAGCGAACUUUCUCCGGGUAUCAAGUUCACCGCCGUUGUGAGUCAUCUAUCCAAAACUGGUAUCGUCGUACGCGUGGAGGAUCGGUUCACAGGCCUCAUACCUUACUUGCAUGCUUCCGAUACGCCCGUGAAACGACCGGCGGAGAGGUUUCAGUCUGGGCAGACGAUCGAUUGUCUGGUUCUUUCAGUGGAUCAGGAGAACAAUAAGUUACUUCUUACAGCCAAAUACAGUUUGCUAAAUGCCAACUAUCCUCUCCUCGGUAGCACGGAAAUGUACUCCAUUGUCGCGGAGGGCAAAACGAAGAAUCAGCUAUUCGUCGCAUUUGUGGUCGAUAUCACCGAGCAAGGUAUACUAGUCGCUGGCCUCAAUGAGCUACGAGCUUGGCUGCCUCGCCGUGAGACCGGAUUGAAUCCAGAUGAUGUGCUGGAAGUCUCGUACUUCAGAGGACAGGUUUUGCGGGUUCGUAUCAUUCGCUCGCUCAGCAAUAAGCCUCAGUCCGCGGACGAACGGCGCUCUCAGUUUUUGGUUUCGUUGAAGGCAAACACUGAUGACGCGCCUCCACGAAAACGACGUGCCAAAGGAUCCCACUUCCACAUCGGUCAGGUGCGUGCACAAUUUCCAUUCACUUGCUUAUCCUUAUCUUUGUUUGUCGGGCGCAGUCUUUUGUAUUGA